AUGGGGAUGAGCAAAUUAAUUAACUUAAGACAUGUUAGUCUUCCUAGAGAAUCUAUUGUAUUUCCAAAAGGGAUUGGGAAAUUGACUUGUAUUAGAACAUUAAGUGAUUUCAACAUAGGUGGCAAGGAUGAUAAAGAAGGAUGUAAACUUGGAGAAUUAAAAAAUUUGAAUCAACUUCGAGGGACUUUUCGAAUACAUGUGUUUAGAAAUGUAGAUGUAGGUGAGGCUGAGAAUGCACAGUUGAAGAGGAAGAUGCAUCUUUGCAGUUUGGAGCUAGAUUUUGGCUUCAUAGGUGAAAGAGAAGUGGAAGAGGAAGAAGAAAGAAGAAGAAUGAACAAUGAUGAAUUAGUUCUGAAUGCCUUAGAGCCACAUUCAGAUUUGAAAUCUUUAACAAUUAUUUACUACAAGGGCACCAAAGUGUCUCCUAAUUUGAUGAUGUCCUUGACCAGCUUGAAAUUGCUUUAUCUCAAAUAUUGCUAUAACUUGGAGUAUUUGCCUCCUUUGGGUAAGCUUCAGUUCCUCGAAUCAUUGGUGAUUAGGAGAGCAAAUAAUGUGAAAAGUGUGGGAGAUGAAUUUCUGGGAAUAGAAUCCAAAAACAAAAACAAUAAAGACAUAUUCCCAAAGCUAAAAUCUCUCGAGUUUAGGGGAUUGGACAACUGGGAAGAAUGGAUUGGGAUGGAAGCAAAAAGAGAAGAGGAAGAAAAAAAGAUGAAGGUUUUGUUCCUAUAA